AUGACGAGCUUUGCCUCGUGGAAUACCCGGGGUCUCUGCAAUCUCUCCCACCAGAGAGCUUUAAGAGAUCUCAUCCGUGAUUCUAAUCUUCAUAUUUGUGCUGCUCUUGAGUCGCGUGCUUCUGUGUCUUCUCUUCCUUCUAUUUGUGAGCGUGUCUUCGGGUCUUGGACCUGGGCUUCUAAUGGCUCCCUUUGCCUUAGAGGAACUCGUAUCAUUGUGGCAUGGAACCCCAUCCAUGUUGACAUGAUGCUUUUAAAUGCCACCGAUCAGGUGAUGCAUUUUCAGGUUAAGAUYCGUGAUUCCUCUAAGAUUCUUUUUCUUUCUGUUGUUUAUGCGGAUAAUUACCAUAUCGCUCGUCGCCAGUUAUGGGCUUCUCUCAUGGGCCAUAAGAAUGUCGUUAAGGACGCCCCUUGGUUUAUCAUGGGAGAUUUCAAUGUUGCCCUUGACCUUAAAGACAGCUCUUCUGGCAUCUCGGGCCCUAAUCGUGGUAUGGAUGAUUUUCGUCAAUGUGUCCGACACCUUGAGGUGGAGGAUGUCAAUUACAAGGGUCUCUUCUUUACCUGGUCUAAAAACCCCAAUGGUACGGGAGGUCUUCUUAAAAAGAUUGACCGUGUCUUAGGGAAUUCCCAUUCCCUUGCUCAUUUCCCUUCGGCUUCUGUCAUCUUUCUUCCCUACCGGUCUUCGGACCAUUGCCCUGCGGUCCUUACCCUUCCCUCCCGAUCCCCUUGGAAGCCUAAGCCUUUCAAGUUCCCUAAUUUUCUUACUCAUAAAGAGGCUUCAAGUCUGUCAUUGCCUCGAGCUGGAGCCCUGACCUGUCUGGUUAUGAGAUGUAUAAGGCUUGAGCUCGACAGGGUCCAGAUUGCCCUUGAUAGGGACCCUGAUAACGUGGACCUUCGUGAGGAGCACUGUGGGUAUUUAUCUGCCUAUAAUAGUGCCUGCCUUGAUGAGGAAAGGUUCCUAAAGCAAAAAGCCAAAAUCCAAUGGCUCCGUGAGGGAGAUAAAAACUCUUCUUUCUUCCAUAAGUCUGCCAAGAGCCGUAUCAGCCGGAAUAAUAUUGAUACCAUCCAAAAUGCUGACGGCUGCCUCGAUGCUCGUGCCCAUUUCCGACUCUGA